AUGCUACUGUCAAACACGGCAUUGCUUCUGCUGAGCGUCAUGCAGCCGGCGCUUGGCCAAGCCACUGCCGGUUGCGGCAGCGAGGAGCUGAUGUUCAAGCAGCUAACACCUGAGCAAGUGACGCUGGCUUACAAUGUGAAAAGCACCGGAUGCGAUGCCGGUGUCAGGACCUGGGUCGGGGUCUGGGACGCGUACGCCCCGCUCCCGCUCAUAUCCAACUUUAAGGCAUGGCAGUAUUUGGAGGGCAACAAGGGAGAAGUCAACUUUAGCAAGACUGAACUAGGAUCUGGUGUAUGGAAAGCUGGGUUUUUCUGUGACGACGGGUGGAGAACACUUUUUGCUCUCUCAGGCAACUUUGAGCUCACCCCCAACGGAAGCGGCAACUCUUAG